AUGAACAUUGACACUUUUGCGUUCGAAGCGCCCUCUAACUUGAAGAUAGCUGCGAAGCGAUAUUCAUACUCAAACGAUCAAGGUCGCCGCUCUGGACUGACUUUACUGUUCAUGCAUUGCGUCGGAUCUCACAAGGAGCAAUGGGAGCCCAUCAUAGACAGGCUUUUUCACAUCGAAAGGACGGAAGGUGUUUAUUUUCUGAGAGAGGCAUGGGCAUUCGACUGGCAGAGUCAUGGUGACUCGGCGGUAUUGAAUCGGGAGGCGUUGAAGAGUAUGCAUGGGGUCAUCUCUGCCUAUGAAUGGACCACCGCCGUUGCUUGGUUUGUCAAGUCUCCGUUGAUGAAUGGACAUCGUAUUGUUCCUGUUGGCCAUUCAGCGGGAGCCGCAGUUUCAAUACAUUUAACAAACUCUAUUUCACCAGAAAGAUUCGCAUCCAUCGUUCUUGUAGAACCAACAAUCUCAACAAAACCGGUCUUUGAUUCCCACCGGGAGGACCGAAUGGCCAGAAUCGAUUUUGCCGUCGCCGCUACCAAAACCAGACGUGAUCAUUGGCGUUCGAGGGAGCAAGCUUUCGACUACUUCAGGAAGCGUAUACCAUGGGAUACUUGGGACGAACGUGUUGUGCGUCUUAUGGCUAAACACGCCCUCGAGGACUCGCCUGACGGCGGAGUGAGAUUGAAAUGGGACAAACAGCACGAAGCUGUGUCCUAUCUUGACAUGGAUCCUCAUUUUGUAGGCGCAAUUCAAUUGGCUAAAGUCUGCCAUUCCGUGCCCAUUCAUGUUAUCUGGGGAACUCAAGGAGACCUUGUGCCUGAAUUCAUCCAAGAAUCGUUAAGCGAUGCUUCGGAAGGCCGUGUUGUGGCAUCCGUUACCAAGAUUGAAGAUGCCGGACAUAUGGUGGUCCAGGAACAGCCCGACUUGGUCGCCAAUGCUCUCGCCAAUAUCCUCAGACCUUUGGCAAAGUUUCCAAGGGCGAAACUCUGA